UGGUCAGCUCGCUUGUCAAUCAAACAAUACUCUCCAAUCAAGAACAGGACUCAUCUUUGAGGGGAGUUACUGAGCUAGCCAAUCACGAACCAGCUUUGUGCGAGUGACGAUAUUCAAACACAACGUAUCUUCGCGGCGUUGAGGUUGCUCUUCACCCCUCUUUUGUGUUCACCUUCCUUCCAUCAGUUACCCGUUUGCUGCCGUCUCUCGCCCCCUUACUCAACGUGUUCUUGAGGACUAGUUGUUUCUUAGCCCCCUUUCUCCUUCUAUGGAGCGUUCCUGGAAGGAGCAGAAAAGCAGCGAAACUCAGAGUGAUGUACAUGGUUAUGUAUGUUGUGCCAGCCAGCCGAAGAAACAUUGCUAGCAAUUGCAACAGGACCUUGUAUGGACAUAAGUGCAGGGACAGUUUCACAUGAAUGGAUGCAUCCUUUGGAACACUCUGGACUGGACCCACCCCAUUGAGGGUUUUAAAGCUUUUGAGAACAAGUGAAACAGUCAGUGGAUGACAUCUUGAAGAUGCCAGAAGAUGAUUUAAAUGGGAGAGGGCUCUAUGUUACUUCUAUUAUGAGCAGAGUUAGAGACCUAAAAAGCAAAUCUAAAAAUGAGGACAAUGUUACAGAUGAGCUUAACUUCACUAAGAUUUCAGCUGAUACAACAGAUAACUCGGGGACUGUUAAUCAGAUCAUGAUGACAGCAAAUAAUCCUGAGGACUGGCUGAAUUUUUUACUUAAAUCAGAAAAAAAGGGUAUACUUCAGACUGACUCACUGAAUAGAUUGAUUGGUCGUUACAGUCAAGCAGUUGCAGCUUUGUCCGCAGAAAAAUAUAGCCAGAAUGAGAGUUAUGCUCGCAUCCUUGUGAGACUUGCAGAACUGAAAGCUAUUGAGGACCCAGAAGAGGCACGUGACCAGUUUCAUCUUGCUAGACUGAACUGCAAAACAUUUGCUUUUGUCCAUGUAGCAUCCGCACAAUUUGAACUCUUGCAAGGAAAUACAAAGAAGUCUAAACAGCUUCUUGAAAAAGCUGUGGAAUAUAGGGCAAUUCCACUAGAAAUGUUGGAAAUUGCUCUAAGAAACUUAAAUUUACAAAAAAUGCAGCUGCUUUCAGAUGAAGAAAAAGAGAAUUUGGCAGUACCAAGCUCACAAAAUACAGUUGGGAACUUCCUGACUAGAAGGAAGAACAUUGAUUCUGGUGAGAUCAUCAGCACCCCCAGCUCUUGUUUGGGGGAGAAAAAUGACUCUCCUCAAGAGACUAACCUAGUUGUGGGUGGACGCAAACCUUUAAAACAAUUAAACAAAUCCAACCAGAUAUGCCCCUUUGGGAGAGUUCCUAUCAAAUUAAUAAGUGAUGAUGAAGGUGAUGAUACAGGCGAUUCAGUGAAGAUGGAUAGUCCAUGUGUGACUAGUGUUACAAAGAGGCAACUAUCUGGUUCUAAAAGCUCAAGUUUGAUCCAUUUACCGCCUCACGAAGCAAAACCAAAUAGAUCGGACUCAUUUCAGCCAGGAGACCUGAAGUCUUUACCAAGCAGAAGAGUUAUAGAACUGAAGCUGCCAGAUGACGAGAGCUCUGAAGUAGCUACCAAUUCAACUGUAACCUUAAAGAACAGAGAUAAUUCUGGUUAUGCUGCUAGAGGAAAAGCAGCAACUGAAGAGCAGCAUGAAGAACCAAGCAUGAUAGAACUGAGCUGUCUGGAAAGACAACAGGUGCAUUCUGUUUCUCUUCGAAGUAGUCAAAAGAAAAAGGAGCCAUUCAGGCUAAGUUGUCCUUUAUCUGGAAAUAAAUGGCUUCAGCAUGAAACAAUGGAUAAGAGGAACUCAGAGGAAAAAUCUUCAAGUUUUGAGCAGCAGCCAGCGCUUCAAGUUUCCAAAAGAUUUUCACCACCAGAGCUGAUUUCCCGCAAACUUUCACCACCAGAGAUUGCUUCAAACAGAAACAGUCAGGCAUUUGUUGGCACAACAUCAAGGAACAACACUCUGAUUGAUGAUAUGGCCUGUUUCAGUACUCCAGUUGUAAAGAAUCCUUUUCUGCUGGCGGGGAAGGCAACCACUCCAUACAGCCAGUUUUCAUAUUUGCGACCUUGUACUCCAACAACUCCAUUCCAAGUACAGACUGGAUUACAGAUGCCAGCUUCUUUACCUUCAAGUGAAUGCAUUGCUGUUAAAGGAAAGUGGUAUUCUGUGUUGAAACAAAUUGGCAGUGGAGGAUCAAGUAAGGUGUUCCAAGUGCUUGAUGAAAAGAAGCAGCUUUAUGCCAUCAAAUAUGUGAACCUAGAAGAUGCAGAUCAACAGACUAUAGAAAGUUAUAAAAAUGAGAUAGCUCAUUUAAAUAAACUUCAGCAACACAGUGAUAAGAUCAUCCGACUUUAUGACUAUGAAAUUGGUGAGAAGAAUAUCUACAUGGUGAUGGAGUGUGGUAAUAUUGAUCUUAAUAGUUGGCUUAAAAAGAAAAAGACUAUUAACCCAUGGGAACGGAAGAGCUACUGGAAGAAUAUGUUGGAAGCUGUCCAUGCAAUCCACCAACAAGGUAUUGUUCAUAGUGAUCUAAAACCAGCAAACUUCCUGCUAGUGGAUGGAAUGCUAAAACUAAUAGAUUUUGGCAUUGCAAACCAAAUGCAGCCAGAUGUGACUAGCAUUGUCAAAGAUUCACAGGUUGGUACAGUUAAUUACAUGCCACCAGAAGCAAUCAAAGACAUGUCUUCCAGUGGAGAAAAUGGAAAGUCAAGAUCAAAGAUCAGUCCCAAAAGUGAUGUCUGGUCAUUGGGGUGCAUUUUAUAUUGUAUGACAUAUGGAAGAACUCCAUUUCAGCACAUAACAAAUCAGAUCACAAAGCUUCAUGCCAUAAUUGAUCCUAGUUAUGAAAUAGCAUUCCCUGAUAUUGCAGAGAAAGAUCUCCAGGAUGUCUUAAAGUGCUGUUUAGUACGGAACCCUAAACAAAGAAUAUCAGUUUCUGAAUUGUUGGUCCAUCCCUAUGUCCAUAUUCAAGCCAAUACACAAACAGGGGGUUCAAGUACAGUAGGAACAACAGAGGAAAUGAAGCGCAUCCUUAGUCACCUUAUUGGCCUGAACUCUCCAAACUCCAUUUCUAGAGCUGCUAGAAGUUUAUAUGAGCAGUGCAACAGCGGUGAAGGUCUAGAUGUGUCUGCUCUUGCAAAUGCCGAUAGCCGGAAAACAUGGAGCACAAAGUGAUAAUGUGUUGCUGAAAAUAUACUCUUCCUGGCAAUGGCUAUUUAAACCAAUUUGUCUAAAUUCAUAAAAUUGUUUAAAUAUCUGUGGUAUUGGCUAAAAUGCUCUUCACAAUUUCUUUGUCUAAUAGUUGCAUAUCAGUCCUAUGGUAUAGUCAGUUCUGCUGUGUGAUUUUAACAGACUGGUUCAUUGCUGCAAUACUGGAUGGCAAAUACCCUUGGGACGAGUUUUAAAGAUGGAGCAGCACAGACAUAUUUUGUAUUUUGUUUCAACCGAAACUGAAGGCCUCUAGUAUUUGUCACUGUUGAUCUUCAUAAUUCGAAUUCAUUUUCCUUUUCAUCAGGCAUUUUUGGUACAUUGUUGGCAGGAGUCGGUAAGCGUGUGGGUAAAAGUGACUAAAUUGCAGCACUGUUGUGUUAUGCUGUACAUAUUGCCAUGGAAAACAUUUAUAAAUGACAUCAUAAAUGACAUGAUAAAAUAAAUCUUGUAAAUAAAUGA